AGGCCGCGGAGGCCGCGCCCAUACGACCGAAAACCAAAACACAAGAAAGACGCAAAAUUUUUUCUUAAUUCCAAAAACCACCAAAAACAAGAGUUAUUUUCCGGUUAUAUCUUUGCUGUCAAUUGAAGUAUUUCCAUGGAUUAACAGGUAACACAGUUUUGAAAAUGGACGGAAUCGGAACAAAACGAGAUAUUAAGAGGGAGCCCGAAAGCGAUGCUGAUGAGAACGACGAUGCAGAAAAUGAUGGUUCUGCCUCUCUUCCUAAGAGGCAAUGCUUGGACGCAACACCCGGUGCAAGUGAAUUUCAGGUUAAGCACGAAGAUGAAUUAGUGUCUGCAGUCACUAUUGCUGUCAAGAAGCCAACCAUGACUAUUAAAAAGCCAGGGAUCUUGAGACGACCUAAUAUUUUGAAAAGUUCUGCUUCAAAAUCCAACAAAGAUUCCUCUCCAACCACCUCUUGGGCUAGCCAAAGCGUCUCCUGUGGACAGCGCACAAGUGGCACAAAUACCAAAUCAGACAAUCAAGAAAAAUGGGCUUGCCAGAAGUGUGACAUCACAUUUGGGAAAAAGGAUCUCUGGGAGCGGCACCUCCUUUGGUCUCAUGGAGAGGAUUUCAGUGCCUUCAUCAGUCCCGUGUUCUCCUGCUCGGACUGCAGCAAGAUCUACAUUUCAUUCACCAAUGCUGUGAAACACAUCGAGGAAGUUCACCCAGACUCGCUUCACUUGCAAUGCAACAUCUGCAAUGCCAAUUUUCCCUCAACAACUGACAUGCUACAUCACAAAAUUUCCACCCACCUAGUGAACUACCGUUGCAUCGAAGAAUGUGGCAACAGACACUUUUUCAGCAUCAACGAGAUCGUGGAGCACUUGCAAAAAACGCCUCACAAGGAAAAACGAAUCUCGAAAUUGUGCCAAUCUGUUGCCAAAGAGCAGGAAGAUCGAGUAGUAGAAACGUUUGUCUGCCAUCAGUGCUUCCUCAUUUUCACGUCACAGUACAGGAGGCAUUUCUUUGAACACAGGAAGACGCACGAAGGUCCUCCGCGGAACCACGUCUGCAAACACUGUGGAUUCUCAACCUUCAGCUUCGGCAUUUUGAGCAAUCACUCGGACAAAAUACAUCCCGACAGCCAACAACCAAGAUUAGUUCUGGACGCAAAUUACAGGGAGUUCCAUCCAAUGAUUUUUGUCCAGGAGGAGCGACUGAAGAGAGACGAAAGUGUUGAAGGAAAGCUGGAGGUCGCCUUGAGUGAACUGGAUUUGCCUCCUGGGGAAGGCAAGAGGGCUUUGGUGUUUGUCGACCGGAAGAACAAGGAGGCCUGUUUUGUCUGUCAGCAGGCCCUGAUUACUCCGGAAGACGUCAACGCCCACUACCUGCUGCACUUCACUCCGUGCAACAAGAAAAGAGUGACUGAAAUUGUAGCGAAUCAAGACAAGAAGUGUGAAAUGAUCUUCACCCAUGGCCAGCCGUACUAUUCAAAACUUACCAUGCACAAUUUUCAACAGCAAAAUGAGGUUUACGAGUGCAAAGUUUGCUGCCUGAGCACCAAGAAACCGUACCUGGCCUGCUUCGAGCAAUGUCCAGAUUGCACUUUCUUCGGAAGCAAGUCGGAGCUUUUUGUGCACCAGAUGCAGCAGACGGUGCUGAAAAAAUGCUUCUGCUGCAACUUCAUGACCGCGUCGAGCCCUGAAAUGCUUGAACACAUCAAAGGUCAUCUGCACAUCAAGAGCAGAACUCGCAAAGAUACUUGUCUGCACUGCAUGAAAAGGGUUCCCAGAGAAGACAAGAGCCAACACCUGAAGCACUGCACCCUCGCCAUUCUCGUCAGACUCGCCAGACUGGACAAAACUGAUCCCAAGAUUAACCGGUUUUUGGCAAUGUGCAAAUAUUUGAUUCCGGAAAUUUGCGAAAUCUGCGGCGCCAAGUUGCAUUCAAAGAAUGACAAAGAAAUGCACAUCAGCAGCCACCACGAAUACCAAUGCCCCGUUUGCGUCUGCUUUGUCAAGUCAUUGAAGGACCACUUGGAAAGUUCCCAUCCAAACUAUGUGUCAGAUCAAAUGAAUAUUGACAAAAUCGAUGACAGCAUCCAGAGAAUGUCACAAGAAGUGGCGGAAAAUGCAAAAUUGCAAGAGGAACUUGCCAGUUUGUCCAUGUUCAGCGACAUCAGAGCCAUGCAAGUUUUCACCUACAAGAAUUUCUGCAGUCUGUGCAGACACGGCAUCUCUCCCGAGGGCCGAAAGCCGCACUUCCUUCUCCACCUGACCCCGUGCUGCAGCCAGUGUGACCUGACGCAGAACUCGAUGUGCUUCCAACACGACCGGCCACUUUUCCUGCACGAAAACAGCAACUACUGGGACCGUUUCUCGCAGCACCGCUUUCAGGACACCGAGUUCACCCUCACCUGCUCCAAGUGCAAUUUCGUCUUGAGCGAUCCUGCAGCGAUCGUCAUUGCCAAGAACAUCAUCGAGUGCAGCAAAUGCAACUUCUCCACGUUCCGCAGUUCGACGCAGGAGUUUGUCGUGCACGCCAUGAGGCACCUGAGCAUUGUCGUGUGCAGGGUGAAGGGCUGCGCCGACCGAGCCCAGCCGCACCUCGACUUCCCCACCCACCUGGAGACGGUGCACGAGCCGCCGCGCAAAUGCGACGGCUGCGACCUGGAGUUCGUGGGCCGCAAAAUCCUUGCCGAGCACUUCAAGGUCUGCAAACCUGCCCUGGCGAAGCACCUGGGCCGCCUCAGGUCGCUGGGCAGCACCCCCGAGCAAAGGCUGAAGCACAUGCUGCAGAUCAAGACGCUCAAGUGCGACAUUUGCCAGAUUUACUUUGACUCGGCGACUGAGAAGGCCGAACACCGAGCGCAGCACCCCCUGUUCGAGUGUCCCAUUUGCAGAGAACAUUGUCCGGCCGACAAGUUCGAGAACCACCUGAGCAAGGAGCACUCGCGUUUCCUGCAGACCGCCGUCGAGCUUUUGGCCGACAAGAGUUACGGCGACGACUUGUGCGCCUCUCUGCAGACUUUCCUCAACUGCUGGGUCCAGAUCAAAAAGUUGUCCAAAGUCAGGAAGUCGAAAAAAUGAAAAAAUUUCAUUGAUUUAUUUUUCAAUUGUAUUGAAUAAUUGAGAGAUUUCUGACUGGAGCCAAAGUAAAUAAAAGUCAACGUUUAUUUCGAAACAUAUAACAGGAACAUACUUUAUU